AACAGUUGAUCAUUCCAAUGCCAAAAGAUUCGUUAAAGUUUUUUGUUACACAAUUAUAGCCCAAAACAUCCUUAUCAUUAAUUAAUCCCCCAUUCGUUAAAAAUUUUUUGUUCCCCAUUUCCCUUUUUUUUUUGUUUCUUUUCCAUUUUGUUUUCUUACCCAUUUCUUUGUUGGGGUUAUCAAGAUUUGAGCUGGAUUUCAAUUCUAGGGUUUCGAUGCGCAUAAAUCGAAUCCCUGGACAGAGGUUACUUUCCAUUUUUCUGAAAGCUUAUCGAAGAUUUUAGAAAUAAAAGGGUUUGAAAUGAAAGCUUUUGAAUGGCUUUUACUUUUCGAAGCAAUACACAAUUUCGUGGUAUUUUCAAUGGGUUUUCUGCUUUUGUUCUUUUUUUCUUCUUUUACAACCAGGCAGAUAUCCUUAGGAACCCUCCUAUUCUACGGCGACCCUCGUUGAUUUCCAAUCAAAUUCCGACUCCAAGAGCUUAUUUCAAUUCUGGGUCGAAUCGCAUUGCCGUAAAUAUUCAUCGUCGAGUUGCUGAAACCGGGGGAAAUUCUUCGAGUUCAGUUGAUGGGUCGGACGAAAAUGAUUUGGACGUGCACAAUGUUGAAUCAUGUGCGGGACUUCACGACUACGAAGGUUUUGCUAGCAAAUGCCAAUUUCUGAAAGCAAAUCCGGAUUGCUCUUCAGACAGUUUCAUCAAUUAUCUCAAGGUAUUCUAUUGCGACUGCCAUGAUUUUAGCUUAUUGGGAUAUUCCAUAUUGUGUAUCUGGCUCGUUGCUCUGUUCUAUAUAUUGGGUAAUACUGCGGCAGACUACUUUUGUUGUUCUCUUGAGAAGCUCUCAAGCCUCUUAAAGCUUCCUCCAACUGUUGCUGGUGUUACCCUUUUGCCUCUUGGGAAUGGAGCUCCUGAUGUGUUUGCCAGCAUAGCUGCUUUUGUUGGUACAGAUGCAGGGGAAUUGGGUCUCAACAGUGUGUUGGGCGGUGCCAUGUUUGUGACCUGCAUUGUUGUUGGGACUGUUUCCUUAUGUAUUGCAAACAAGAGAGUUCAGAUUAAUCGGAGGUGCUUCGUAAGGGAUGUCAUUUUUUUACUUAUUACACUGGCAUCGCUCUCGCUGAUCUUGUUUGUCCGUAAGGUUACCGUGAUUGCCGCCAUUGCAUUCGUAUCUAUAUAUGUUGUUUAUGCACUCGGAGUUGUUAUAAGUGAGAUUGUGAGGAAAAAUAUUGGCAAUUUGAAACUCGAUGUUGUUUCGCCAUUGCUUCCGGUUCGAGCCAGUAUGUUUUCUCAUGCAACAGAGGAUGAUGGCUCCUUGUUUGAGCCUGAAGAUGAUGAACCCCCUGAGCUCAACACUUAUUUGUCACAAUGUAUUUGGAAUUCGAAUGUGGCAAUAUAUUCAAACCAAGAGGUCAUGAAGCUUAGCUUGUUGGAUGAUGAAGUCCCUCCAUGGGGUUGGACAGAGAGCAUGGAUGGAACAGAGAAGUUCUCCUACUCUAAAUUGUUGUUUCUAUUGGAGAUUCCACUAACUUUACCAAGGCGUUUAACGAUUCCAUUAGUGAAUGAAGAAACUUGGUCAAAAUCAUAUGCUGUGGCCAGUGCUUUCAUGGCCCCAAUUCUGCUGGCUUUUCUGUGGAACACACAAGGAAAUGUGUGUUCCCAAAGCAGAACCAUUAGUUAUUUCAUUGGCCUCACGGUUGGUUUCACGCUUGGUGUUCUUUCAUACCACCACACAGUUUCUGAUCAUCCACCUCAGAGGUUCAUGAUUGUGUGGGUCUUAGGUGGAUUUGUAAUGAGUAUAGUAUGGUUCUACAUAAUAGCCAAUGAACUUGUUGGUCUAUUGGUGUCUUUUGGUGUGAUUAUGGGUGUAAAUCCAUCAUUACUUGGGUUAACAGUGCUGGCUUGGGGGAAUUCCAUGGGUGAUUUGAUGUCCAACGUUGCAUUAACAAUGCAGCAUGGUGAGGAUGGAGUUCAGAUUGCGUUGUCGGGAUGCUAUGCGAGUCCCAUGUUUAACACCCUUGUUGGUUUGGGGAUAUCAAUGUUGCUUGGAGCGUGGGCAGAGAGACCAGGUUCCUACAUUGUUCCCCAAGACAGUGGGUUGUUUUACACCAUGGCUUUUCUUGUAACAGGAUUGAUAUGGGCACUGGUUGUUUUGCUUCAAAACGACAUGCAUCCAACCAAGCUUUUAGGGGUGGGACUUAUUAGUCUAUAUGUGAUGUUUGUUGGUCUUAUGGUAUGUUCUGCUAUGGGACUUGUAUCAUGGGCUGGGAUAGGCCGGGUUUGACUCGUUUUAAUGGUUGUAGAUUUCCAACUGACAAGUUCUGGUAUAUUUUUUAUUUUUUAAAAUUUUAGACACAUUUAUGUAUUAUACAUAUUAUAGAAUUGAAUUGCUAAUGUUUAGAGCUUUC